UUUUGGGCGAGAGGGAGUAAUUCUUUUUGUGGAGCUAGUUCACGUCCACUUUGUUGUGUUUCUGUGGAGGCUGUAAUAUCAUCAUGAAUCCUGACAUUUAUAGUUUAUGUGAGAGACUUAUACCAGCUACUUAUGUCCAGCAGGGAUGCGAAGCAAGGCGUGCCCAUGAGAACAAGAUACGGAAUCUUCUCGAGCAUCGUAAAUGGCCAGAUGAAGGAUGGGAAGAUUCAACGAUUGAGCUACUCCUCCAGGAGUUGAGCAUGAUGGAUAGUAAUAACUUCACAGCAAACUGCGGAGUUGGGGAACGAGAAGCGAGGAUUGCGUCGUCAUUGGUAGCUAAGAGGCAUUAUAGACUCGGUCAUGGUAUUGGACGUUCUGGUGACAUCGCUGCCAUCCAACCCAAGGCAGCUGGAUCAAGUAUUCUUAUGAAGAUAACCAACGCUAUGGCAUUAGACGCUCUUAGGAUGACCGGUGUUCGAUCAACAGCAGCCUGUUUUGUCGUCCCGCUAGCCACAGGGAUGAGCCUCGUUCUCUGCUUCCUUGCCCUCCGCCAACUCCGCCCGAACGCCAGAUACAUCCUCUGGCCUCGCAUCGACCAAAAGACUUGCUUCAAGUCAAUGCUCUCGGCUGGCUUCCAACCAAUCAUCAUCGAGAACCGACUGGAGGGUGACGAACUCCGGACCGACAUCGACGAGAUCAAGCGUCAAAUCGAGACACUUGGUGCGGAGAACAUCCUCAGCGUGUUCUCAACAACGUCAUGUUUCGCACCCAGGGUGCCAGACCGUCUGGAAGAAAUCGCCAAACUAUGCAAAGACACGGACGUGCCUCACGUCAUCAACAACGCGUACGGCGUGCAAUCAUCCAAAUGCAUGCAUCUCAUCCAGCAGGCUGCCCGGCUGGGGCGAGUUGACGCCUUCGUCCAAAGCGCUGACAAAAACUUCCUCGUACCAGUUGGCGGCUCUAUCAUCGCUGGGAUGGACGAGAAGUUCGUCGACAAAAUAGCACAGACGUUCCCAGGUCGUGCAUCAGCGUCACCCUCUAUUGACUUGUUUAUAACGUUUCUGUCUCUCGGGGCGAAUGGCUACAAGAAACUUCUUAAAGAACGGAAAGAGAUGUACACGUAUCUGCAGGAUGAACUCAGAAAGGUCGCGGAAGGUCACGGGCAGAGGUUGCUUAAAAUGUCACACAAUCCCAUUUCCAUGGCGAUGACCUUAGGUCACCACACAGAGGAGGAUGUCAAGGACGUGUCGGAGGUCGGCGCUAUGCUGUUCAAGAGAAGUGUGUCUGGAGCGAGGGUCGUGCCAAAGGGUGCCAGUAAGACCAUAGGGGGCGUUACUUUCAUCGGCUACGGCUCACACUCUGACUCUUACCCAACGGCUUACCUCACGGCUGCUGCAGCCGUCGGAAUUACCAAAGAGGAUGUGGAUUUAUUUGUGAAGCGUUUGGACAAAGUGCUGACCAAGAAGGAAGAGAGGAAGGUUAGGAAGGGUACCAGUGAUGAGGUCAAGCAGGGUACCUGUGAUGAGGUCAGGCAUGAGACCAGUGAUGGAAUCGAGAUAGGGACUAGUGAUGGGGGCAAGCAGGAUACCGGCGAUGGGGGUAAGCAAUAGGCCAGUGAUGGGGUCAAA